GUCACAGUAUAGUUGUGGCUCUAUGAGCGAGUAUAUUAUUUGCCUGGGCCCUUCGCUGCUCGUCCCUCAGCCCAAAUCUGCCAAGGUCAAGUGCAACGAACUCUUUGAACGGCAUUAUCCUUGUAUCAUCAUGGUCUCCUCACUUCUCCUUGUCGCCGCGGGUGCAGCAACUGUGUCGGCGGCACCUAACCUGAGGCCGAGGGCGGGUGCCUCAAGUCAUUGUUCUUCGUCAGACGGCACUUACAAGCUCUCCUCAUUCGACGCCCCGGUUUCUGGAGACGGCAAUGCCAAUGGAAUGUCGACAUGGCAGCUCACCAUCGACGACACCUCGGCGGGCCACAAGCAGCAGAUCACAGGCUUCGGUGCUGCCGUCACAGACGCUACCGUCUCAGUCUUCAACAGCCUCAGCGAGUCGGACCAAUCUCGUCUGCUGAGCGAACUGAUGACCGGCAGUGGUGCCGACUUCAGCUUGAUGAGGCAUACGAUUGCCUCGUCCGACCUGAGUGGCGAUCCAGCUUACAGCUAUGACGACAACGGCGGCAACGUCGACACGAGCCUUGGUAGUUUCAACCUCGGCGACCGGGGCAACGCGAUGGCUUCCUUGCUCGCGAAGAUGCGCGGCUUGAAAUCUGGCCUGACGAUCCUCGGAUCACCAUGGUCUGCGCCCGGUUGGAUGAAGUUGAAUGGAGUCCUGACCGGCACCACCGUGAACAACAACCUCAACCCCAGCUACCGAGACAGCUUCGCCAGGUACUUCGUCAAGUACCUCCAGGCUUUCUCGAAGGCGGGAGCACACGUUGACGCCAUCACCAUCCAGAAUGAGCCUCUCAACAGCCAGGCUGGGCACCCGACCAUGUAUGUCUACGAGGAUGAGAGCGGGGAUAUCAUUAACCAAAAUGUUGGACCGGCACUUGCCGCCGCUGGACUCGACACGAAAGUCUGGGCCUAUGACCACAACACAGAUGUCCCGUCCUACCCCCAGACCGUCCUGGACAAAGCAUCCGCCUACGUCCCCGCCGUGGCCUGGCACUGCUACGCCACCAACACGGACUGGGGCACCCUCACCGACUUCCACAACAAGAACCCAGACAAACUACAAUACAUGACCGAGUGCUGGACUUCGCCACAGACCGGCUGGUCCGCCGCCGCCGACUUCACAAUGGGGCCGCUGCAGAACUGGGCGUCGGGCGCAAUGGCAUGGACCCUCGGCUCCGACGUCACAUACGGCCCACACCUGUCCUCGGGAGGGUGCGAUGCCUGUCGUGGCUUGUUCGUCGUCGACACUUCGACCAGGACGUACUCGUUCGCCAUCGAUUACUACAUUAUGGCGCAGUUCUCCAGGUACAUGCCCAAGGGAGCUAUUGUGCUGGCCGGCACGGGGAGUUACUCGUACGGCGACGGGUCUGGGAUCCAGAGCGUAGCUACGCUCAACCCGGAUGGAACUCGGACGGUUGUAAUCACAAACAAAUUUGGCAACGAUGUAUACAUUACUGUGACGGCCAAGAGCGGCGACAAGUGGAGCGGCCGCGUCUACCAGAAUUCGGUCGUCACUUGGGUACUGCCCGCCUCGGGUUAGGAACCUCGGAGUAAGAGAUGCUCUUGGUCGGCUGCCUGGGUGUCUGAGGUGGUUUAUAUAACGUGGAUAGUCUUCAAUUUCCUGUAAAUACCUAAAAUGAAUUCAGAAGACACUAUCGUCCA